UCCGUGCUCGACGUGCUCCGUGUCCGGCGCAAGGCAGGCAGCCCGUUAGUCCGUUGGCCAUUAGCCGAGCAGCGACGCUGUCAUCAGUUCAUUGUAGACAUUUUCCCGGCACGGACGCGCGCUCCCAAAAGGCAGCCGUUUUGAGAAUAGUCGAAUCGAAUCGAGUCGAGUCGAGUCGGUGAACGGAGUUUUUCGGUUCUUCUUUUUUGGACACUGGCCACAAAAUUCGGUUGAGGUUGGCACUCGAAUUUCAUUAGGGCGACCGCAAAACAGGACGCGGCCAGCAAACAAAAUGUUAACCAUGGCUCGCAUUUUAGCAACGACCAAAUAAAUGAAAAAACCGCACAGCCCCGCAACAGCCAAGUGACUCUGAAUGACAGCUUGAGCAGCCGUUGUCCAGGAGCCAGGAGCCAGGAAGCAGGAGCAGAGCAGGCGAAACUGCGACAGUUGCCAUGGGCGACCUACAGGCAACCAUUGAGUUUUCCGUUGAGCUGCACAAAUUCUUUAAUGUGGAUCUCUUUCAGCGCGGACUCUACCAGGUGCGCUGCGGACUGCGUGUGUCGCCCCGCCUGCCCGUCCAGGUGGAGACCAGCAUACCCGAGGCCAAUGGCAAACCGAUUGGCAACGGACACGGCAUCGGAGUCGGAGUCGGAAUCGGAGUCGGAAUUGGUGCCGGAAUCGACACGGCCAGCGAUAGCGAACGUGAACGUGAACGUGAACGGGAACGGGAACGAGAGCUGGGCUCGCCGGAUGAUGUGCAUGUAACGCUGGGCAGCGGCAGUUGUACAUCCGCAUCCAUUAUAAAUGGCAGUGGCGCCUCACGCAUAUUUCAGAUACUCUACCGGAACGAGGAGGUGCCACUGCGCGAUGUCAUCCACUUUCGCAGUCAUCUGCUGGUUGACAGCCGUCACCUGAAGGAGUCCAUAGAGCGAGCCGAGUUCUCAUUGCAAUUGGAAUUGUGGUUUGGCGAACAGAAUGGCACCAGCAACUUGUCGUUGGCCUCCAGCCGCAAUCUUCAGCUCAAUUUUCAUCCAGGACGUGGUCUGCACUAUCAUCUGCCGGUGCUGUUCGACUAUUUUCACUUGGCGGCCAUCAGUGUGGGCAUUCAUGCCAGUCUUGUGGCCCUCCAUCAGCCGUACAUCAAGAAAAGCAUGUUCUCAUUUAUCAAGUUAUGUGCACCGCGCAGCUCGAAGCCGUGGAGCGCCAGCAAGUUGAGCUGUCGUGGCAACACCUCACCGGGUCCACUCGAGGCGGUCUUCUUUGGCCCACAGAUCGGUGGCACCACCAAAUGCAGCGGUGGCCCCAAUGGCCGACUACUGCAAUCCCGGCAAAUUCAUCGGGAUAUCUGCUGCCUGCUGCUCGGCGCCAUCGAGCAACUGAAGGCGACCCUCAACGAGUUCAGCACAGUGCUGCCACCCAGCAUCAACUCGCAGAUUGGCUCGCCGCCACUCAGAGAAAACGAUAUGGGAGAGCGGCUGCAGCAACUGAUGGAACAGGCCAAGCUACUCGAGGCUGAGGAUGACUUUGCGACGCUGGCCAACUCGGACAUUGCGCAGCUGUGCGCCGAGAGCAUCUUCUGGUGGCGUCGCGUGCUGCUCGCCUCCCGAUCCUCGACGGCGGUGCACACGCUCCUCGCCCGCAAGCAUCACAUUCUGCGCGUGCGUCGCUUUGCCGAGGGCUUCUUUGUGCUGGAGCAGCCGAGACACGCAGCCGCUGGGUGCCAGGAGGCGAACAGCAGUCCAGGUCAUUGUCAGGGCUAUGCGGGAAUUGCAGAGUUGGCGCGCAGGAGUCGCUACUUGCAAUCGCUGCCACCACUGCCUGUGCAUUGUACACCCAUCGAUGGCGAUGCGGCAUCGCUGCCGCUGAUCUUUGAGGAUCGGUAUGUGGUGCCAGGUGCCAGCUAUGCGAGACGACGAUCGGGCAGUGAUCCACAACUGGAGGAGACGUCCACUACGGGAACGGGGGGCAGGAAGAAGUCGCUGCCAGCGGAUAAGACGCACUCGAGCAGCAGUUUGAAUGGCACCAAAGAUUGCCUCGCCUGUCACUUUGACUACGACUAUCCGCAGGGCAAUGGCACUGGUCCGGCUCAUCCGCAUGCCAAGUGCGUGGUUACGCCCCGUUUCGCUCUGGGAGGCGAAGUGCUCCAGGCCAGUCUCACCAUAACGCCCAGCAGCAACGGCAACAUCAAGGAUGCAGCAGUUCCUUCGCUCGUCCUGCGUCACAAUCUCUCCAGGCAUUCGGUGACGGGCCUUCUCGAAGAUCUCGAUGUGGAUGGCACUGAGACAAUGACGCUGCCAACGCGUCACAGCAAAUCUUUGGAUCAGCUGGACGGUUGCCAGACAACGGCAGAGACGCCUCCCCAGCUGGCGGCCAACUGCAAUCCGCGGCAGGUGAGCUACAACACGUUGCCAGCUGGCCUGGCACGCCUCCAAGCCGAUGAUCUGAUGCGCAACAUCUGCGAGUUCCGUCAGCGCUAUGGCAAUGCCAGCAAAUUUGAUUAUCUGCACGAGAUCAAGCUGCUGAAUCCACCCAAGCAACAGCAGCAGCAGCAGCAGCAGCAGCAGUCUGGCUACACUGAGAGAACUAAACAAAUAACAUUGUACAACUCGCUGCCCAAGAGCAUGGUGCCGCCAAGAAACUCCUAUCCGCCGCCACCGCCCAGCCAAUACACAACGAUGCCCAGAAGCAGCAGCUCCCAAAUACCACGAGCCGUGGAGAUUGCAAGGGUGCGCGUCUCCGACAUCAAGGAGAUGCUGCGACAGGGUCAAAGUCAGCCCGGUCAGGCGGGUCACGGCAGUCAGGGGGCAUCGGGCGCGCUGCGCAAAGAGUCGAGCAGCUCGGAGAGCGACAUGAUGCAAAAGCUGCAGAUGCUCAGCUCGAGCAGUGUGCCCUUCCGGCUGGAUGCGACGACCACAACGACAGCGAAUAGUCAGAACAAUACGAAUAGCAGUGAUCCCAAUACAAGUGGUUUCAGUGAAUCGCUGCCCAAUCUGGCACCGCCACCAGAGUUCGAUUCGGAUUCGCGCCGACAACGCAGCAAUUCGACGUCGUCGUUGAGCGAGGAGAGCGGCUGGGUGAGCAGUCGUCGCAGCUCGCUGGCCAUCUCCAGUCCGGAUACGAUAACAAGCAUCAGUGGUCCGCACUCGAAGCAGCAGCAGCAGCGGCACACCCAACUCAAUCUGGGCAUGGGCAUGGGCCUGGAGACGCGUCUAAAUGGCGAGCAGCUGCGUCUGCGACUCCAGAAGUUGCUGGAGCAACAGCAGCAGCAGCAGCAGUUGCCACACAAGCCCAGCAGGAAGCGACAAUCGGCUGGUUCGAGUCAGAGUCGAACGCCGGCGAAACAGCAGCAGGAGCAGCAGCAGCAGCAGGAGCUGCACAAGAAGAUCUCAUCGGUGACGCUGACCAUCAAGAAGGAGCGCUCGCGCUACCAGCUGGAUCGUUUGCGUCACCUGCCCAACGGCGAAUCCACCGAGGUGGAGGAUUUGGAGCGUCCGCCGCCGCGUCGCAGUCGACACAAGGGUGGCGGUGGCGCCUCCGCCAGCAAAUCGAAGUCCGACUUUGACAUAACCAGUCUGAAGGAUAUGCAACCGCUGGAUGCAGUCUGUUUGCCGCCGCCACAGCAGUUCCAAGAUCAGGAACAGGAACAGGAAGUGUCCGCUGUGGUGGCACCGCCGCCACCCGAUGAGUUUCGCGAUCCACCACCACCGGAACCAGAACCAGCACCAGCACCAGCACCAGCACCAGUUGCGACACCAGCACCAACUCCCGCCGCUGUAGCUGCAGCUGCACCAACUCCAGCUGCUGUUGCUCCGAAAGCCAAGUCUAAAUCCUUGCCCUGCCAUGUGGUGCAUGCAACAGCACCGCCCCUAAAGGAACGCCAACCCAUUGGCGCCAUAGACAAUCCCGUUUAUCACAUCUACGAGUCACUGCGUCCCAUGUCCACACCGGCCAUCUUUAGCAAUAAGCCCGUACUCAAAUCUCACAGUCUGGCCGAACUGAAGCGUCCAUCGCAGCACCAAUGCAAGGAGAAUAUACUCGCCACGGAACAGGAUGAGAACAAAGAGAAUGCCAAUGGUCAAAUUCUCGGACGUGGCAAGCAAUCAAAUGGCUCGACGACCAAGCACACCAAGCGCAAGAAUCAACAGGCUUUGAGCGCACCGGAGGCAUCUCCGAGCAUUUCACUACUGGAAUUCGAAAAGUGUCGCGAGGAGUUUCGCAAACAAAUCAAAUACCAGGGAAGCAUCUACUCGGACUAUGUGCAGCUGGCAUCGGAGCUGCCCUAUUUCUAUAUCAGUGACGAGUAUCGCGCCUUCUCGCCGAAUGGCAUGCAUCUGGUUAUUUGUGUCCAUGGACUCGAUGGCAACUCGGCUGAUUUGCGUCUGGUGCGCACCUAUCUGGAACUGGGUCUGCCCGGGGUCAAUCUCGAGUUUCUCAUGUCCGAGCGCAAUCAGGGCGAUACCUUCUCCGACUUUGAUACAAUGACUGAUCGGCUCGUUGCCGAGAUCCUUUACCACAUUGACAGCUGUGGCUUGAACCCGGCACGCAUUUCCUUUGUGGCACAUUCCCUGGGCACAAUCAUUGUGCGCAGCGCCUUGGCGCGUCCACAGAUGCGCCCACUGCUGCCACGUCUGCACACGUUUCUCUCGCUCUCGGGACCACAUCUGGGCACGCUCUACAACACCAGCGGCUUGGUCAACAUGGGCAUGUGGUUCAUGCAGAAGUGGAAAAAGUCUGGCUCGCUGUUGCAGCUUUGCAUGCGGGACACCACGGACAUGAGGAACAGCUUUCUCUACCGGCUGAGCCAGCGGAGUACUCUGCAUCAUUUCAGCAAUAUUCUGCUCUGUGGUUCCAGUCAGGAUCGCUAUGUGCCCGCCCAUUCGGCGCGCCUGGAGCUGUGCAAGGCUGCCAUGCGGGAUGGCUCCUCAUUGGGCACAAUCUACAGGGAAAUGGUGCACAAUGUGAUUGCACCGAUUUUGGCCAGACCCGAGCUGACUUUGGCCCGCUUUGAUGUGCAUCAUGCGCUGCCCCAUACGGCCAACACUUUGAUUGGCAGAGCAGCUCACAUUGCGGUGCUGGACUCUGAGCUAUUCAUAGAGAAGUUUAUGUUGAUUGCGGGCCUGAAAUAUUUCAGUUAACAAGCCAACCAAAAAGCCGGAAAGGAUUUUUAAAACUGAUUUUGCUGACUUUUUUAACAGCCUUUCAUAUAGUGCUCCAUGAGGUGUUGAGCUCUUCUAAGUUCUAAUUUGUGUGUUUAUUUUAAUGUUAUUUAAUGUGUAACACAAACUAUUCAGUUCGAAAGGAAGAAAAACAAACUAAAACAAAAAAACACAGGGUACACUGAAAUCCAAGCAAGAACCAGUUUCUUCAGGCCAACAGAUUCCGAUAAGGAAUAAGGAAUUUAUUGAAGCAAAUUGUUAGACUUGAAUUUUUUACCAAAUGCAAAUCUUUUGUAGCGAAUUGAAACUAGAAAAAUCACAACCAAUCCAACAACAUUUAAUCAAAAGCAAAAAAAAGAACGUUUAAUCAAAAACUUAUAACCAAAUUGGAAUAACUGUUGAAAACGUGUUAUCGAUAAAUUACACUUUUUAUAGCUAAUAAGAGUUCAAAACGGAAGCCAAAGACAUCCAUCAUAAGUAGCCUAGAAACUAAGCUAAAAAAAAAAACCAAAAACAAAACACAAACUAUUCACGAGACUUUAUUGAAACGGUUGAAUUGGAAAAUGUAGGAAAACUGAGAAGUAUACGUAACUAACGGUAGCUGAGCACACGAAUACAAGGUUGCAUUUCGAUAAAUAUGUAUUAGCAAUUGUGAGACUAAUUAAAUAAAAAAAAAACACAAGAACAAGUGGUUUUUCCAAAUCUUUGUACUGCUAAAAAAACAAAAAACAAACAAAAAUAAAGCGACUAUGUUAGAAUGAAAUAGAUUAGCGUUAAUAGAGAAGUUUUGUAGAGAUUCGAAUAGUGUAUGUAAUAUGCAUUUGCGGAGUGCGUCAAUUAAGCUGGUUAGAAUAUGAAGGGUAUUUCUUUUGCGACUGCAAAAAAAACCGAAUCUGUUAAUGGGAACAACAAAAAAAAUGUUAGCAACAAUGAAUCGACGAAAGACAGACAGAAAAGAAAAGAGAGAAGGAGAGCAGUUAGGUCAAACUUGAAAAAUUGUAGUCUAUUCGUAGCGAUACAAACAUUUAAAUGUUUCUUUGAGCUUUUUCCAAUUGUUGUUGUGAAUCAUAUUUAGCUUACAAAAUUUCAACAUUCUUUGUAUACCCCUUUUUAAAAAUCUACCCAAUUUUGCCUAUACAUACCAGAAGUUGCAUUCUACGUGUAUAACCGUCCUAAAUCAAAACAAAAGAAAGUUAUAAUAAACUAUAUGUAUAUCAGCUUGCAAAUGUUUGAUUUUAAAAUACGAUUUAAGAUAUAUGUGAGCUGUUUUUCCUAAAGCACUUCGAUUUUACAAAAUGUAUUCAAAAUGUCUAAUAACUCUUAGUUGCGAAUUUGAAUGUUUUCUCAUUUCAAUAAAAUAUACUAAAAUACAAUUUUAGUAGA